GCCGAGCCGGCCCAGCUGCUCGGAGGCUCUGGCAUGUCGGUUCCCGAUUCUGGUCCCCGGCCCCCAGCAGCGCCUGCCCCCUUCCCACCGGGGCCCCCCAUGAUGCCACCACCCUUCAUACCCCCUCCAGGGCUCCCCCCACCCUUCCCGCCAAUGGGGCUGCCCCCCAUGAGCCAGAGGCCGCCAGCGAUCCCCCCUAUGCCACCUGGCAUCCUGCCCCCCAUGCUUCCACCAAUGGGGGCACCACCAUCACUCACACAGAUACCAGGAAUGGUACCUCCGAUGAUGCCAGGAAUGCUGAUGCCAGCAGUGCCCGUCACCGCAGUGACGGCUCCGGGUGCGGACACCGCCAGCUCUGCUGUGCCUGGGACAGGCCCCUUGAGGGCCCUGUGGAGUGAGCAUGUGACCCCCGACGGGCGCACCUACUACUACAACGCUGACGACAAGCAGUCCGUGUGGGAGAAGCCCAGCGUGCUCAAGUCAAAGGCAGAGCUGCUGCUGUCUCAGUGUCCCUGGAAAGAGUACAAGUCGGACACAGGCAAGCCUUACUACUACAACAACCAGAGUAAGGAGUCCCGCUGGACCCGGCCCAAGGACCUGGACGAACUGGAAGCUUUAGUCAAGCAGGAGGCUGCAGGGAAGCAGCCACUGCCACUGCCACCGCAGACACUGCAGCCACAGCCUCCCCAGCCGCAGCCCGACCCCCCGCCCAUACCUCCUGGUCCUGUGCCCGUGUCCUCAGGCCUCCCAGAGCCCGAGCCAGGUGGGAGUGAAGACUGUGAUGGGUCGGAGGCCGCCCAGCCCCUGGAGCAGGGCUUCCUGAAGCAGCCUGAGGGGGGCCCCAGCAGCGCUGCGAGCCAGCUGCAGUCCCCGCAGCAGGAGGAGGAAGAGGCCAAGCCAGAGCCAGAGAGGUCCAGCCUCAGUUGGAGCAACCGGGAGAAGGCAAAGCAGGCAUUCAAGGAGCUGCUGAGGGAUAAGGCCGUCCCCUCCAACGCAUCAUGGGAGCAGGCCAUGAAGAUGGUGGUCACUGACCCCCGUUACAGUGCCUUGCCCAAGCUGAGCGAGAAGAAGCAGGCGUUCAAUGCCUACAAGGCGCAGCGGGAGAAGGAGGAGAAGGAGGAGGCCCGGCUGAGGGCCAAGGAAGCCAAGCAGACCCUGCAGCACUUCCUGGAGCAGCACGAGCGCAUGACAUCCACCACCCGCUACCGGCGGGCGGAACAGACUUUUGGGGAGCUAGAGGUCUGGGCUGUGGUGCCUGAGAGAGAUCGAAAAGAGGUAUACGAUGACGUCAUCUUCUUCCUGGCCAAGAAGGAGAAGGAACAGGCCAAGCAGCUCCGCCGCCGCAACAUCCAGGCCCUGAAGAGCAUCCUGGACAGCAUGAGCAGUGUCAGCUUCCAGACCAGCUGGUCGCAGGCCCAGCAGUACCUCAUGGACAACCCUAGCUUUGCCCAGGACCAGCAGCUGCAGAAUAUGGACAAGGAAGAUGCACUGAUCUGCUUUGAGGAGCACAUCCGUGCUUUGGAGAGAGAGGAGGAGGAGGAGCAGGAGCGGGCCCGGCUUCGGGAGCGGCGUCAGCAACGCAAGAACCGGGAGGCCUUCCAGACCUUCCUAGACGAGCUGCAUGAGAAAGGGCAGCUGCACUCCAUGUCCACCUGGAUGGAGCUGUACCCAGCAGUCAGCACUGACGUCCGCUUUGCCAACAUGCUGGGCCAGCCGGGCUCCACCCCUCUGGACUUGUUCAAGUUCUAUGUGGAGGAGUUGAAGGCACGAUUCCACGAUGAGAAGAAGAUCAUUAAGGACAUCCUUAAGGACCGGGGCUUCUGUGUGGAAGUGAACACGGCCUUUGAGGACUUCGCCCACGUCAUAAGCUUUGACAAGAGGGCUGCCGCGCUGGACGCAGGCAACAUCAAGCUGACCUUCAACAGUCUGCUGGAGAAAGCAGAAGCGCGGGAGAGGGAGCGGGAGAAGGAGGAGGCACGCCGUGUGCGGCGCAGGGAGGCGGCCUUCCGGAGUAUGCUAAGGCAGGCUGUGCCCGCGCUGGAGCUGGGCACUGCCUGGGAAGAGGUCCGGGAACGCUUUGUGUGUGACUCGGCCUUCGAGCAGAUCACGCUGGAGUCAGAGCGGAUCCGGCUCUUCCGGGAGUUCCUGCAGGUGCUGGAGCAGAAUGAGUGCCAGCAUCUGCAUACCCGGGGCCGGAAGCACGGCAGGAAGGGCAAGAAACACCACCACAAGCGGUCCCACUCGCCCUCGGGCUCCGAGUCCGAAGAGGAGCUGUCUUUGUCGUCUCUCCGGGCACCCAAGCGGAGGAGGCAAAACCCCUCAGAGUCUGGCUCUGAGCCAUCGUCUUCCCUGGAUUCGGCUGAGAGUGGGGGUGCUGCCCCUGGAGGAUGGGGCUCCCCGUCCUCUCACCUCCUCCUUGGGUCAGAUCAUGGCCUUCGGAAAGCCAAGAAACCAAAAAAGAAAACCAAGAAGAGAAGACGCAAGUCGAACAGUCCCGAGAGUGGGACAGAGCCUGAGGAAAAAGCUGGCAAGGAGAAUGAUGGGAAAGAGGAGGAGCAGGACAAGGGCAGGGAGCUCCGGCAGGUGGAGUUCCCUUACCGCUCCCUGGGCUUCGGCAUCAAGAAGGAGAAGUCAGGCUGGGACACGUCAGAGAGCGAGCUGAGUGAGGGCGAGCUGGAGAGGCGGCGGCGGGCACUCCUGCAGCAGCUGGACGACCACCAGUGA